AUGCCAUGUGGGGUUCGAAUGACAGUGGAAUUUAAGAUGAGUGAAAUGAUCGAUCUUGAGUCAGAUGACUGUGCGUCCAUAUACAUCUUUAAUGUAGACCAACCAUCGUCCUCUGUAAAUCAGCCAAUUUGUAUUCCUCGCCAUGGAUUGCAGUCUCACUCCUCUCCUCUGUCACCACCUACAAGACUUCAGAGUCAUAAGAACUAUGAAGGCCCUUGUGAGGUACCAGAAUCCAAAUAUAGUCCACUAGGUGGACCCAAACCCUUUGAGUGCCCUAGUAUUCAGAUUACAUCUAUUUCACCUAACUGUCACCAAGGGAUUGAAGCCAAUGAAGAUGAAUUGCACACAAAUGGCACAGAAAAUGAGUAUAUGGAAAGGCCUUCACGGGACCAUCUCUAUCUUCCUCUUGAGCCAUCAUAUAGGGAAUCAUCCCUUAGUCCAAGCCCUGCCAGCAGCAUUUCGUCCAGAAGUUGGUUUUCAGAUGCUUCCUCUUGUGAAUCCAUUUCCCAUGUGUAUGAUGAUGUAGAUUCGGAGCUAAAUGAAGCAGCUGCUCGAUUUACCCUUGGCUCUCCUUUGGCAUCUCCUGGUGGUUCUCCGAGAGGUCCUAGUGAUGAAUCUUGGCAGCAGCCUUACGGAUUUGGGCAUGCCUUGUCACCUAGACAGUCUCCCUGUCAUUCUCCUAGAACUAGUAUUACAGAUGAAAAUUGGCUAAGCCCUAGAACAACAUCAAGGCCCUCAUCAAGACCUACAUCCCCCUGUGGGAAACGACGACACUCCAGUGCUGAGAUUUGCUAUGCUGGUUCUCUCUCUCCUCACCAUUCUCCAACUCCAUCACCUGGCCAUUCUCCCAGAGGAAGCAUAACAGAAGACACAUGGCUAAAUACUUCCAUCCAUAACGUACAAGGCCUUAAUUCUGGCCUUUCACCAUUUCAGUGUUGUACAGAAACUGAUAUUCCUCUAAAAACAAGAAAGACCUCAGAGGAUCAGACUGCCACUUUAUCUGGAAAAAUAGAUAUCUGUCCUGAAGAACAGGGUAACCUAUCGUCAUCCCUUGAAACUGCAGUAGAUGACUGCUCUGGAUCUCAACACAACUUGAAAAAAGAUUUGCCUGGAGACCAAUUUCUUUCUGUUCCUUCGCACUUUACUUGGAACAAACCAAAGCCUGGUCAUACUCCUAUAUUUCGGCAAUGCUUAAGAUUUGCUCUGCUCUUCAAGGAUGUAGUAGAUGAAGCAAUUCCUCUUUCUUUGGGGAGUGGGGAAGAAGAUAGG